AUGUCUUUUCUAGAUAAAGACUCUUUCAAAAGCUUGAAUGUACAAGGGCGAAAAAGGGAACACAGACCUGGGGUCAAAAAGUUAAGGAGCUUAAGCAGCUUACUGCGACCAAAAAGGCAAAGAAGAAUUCCAAACGGAAAAUUUCAAGUGAUUGAUAAUCUAUCGGUAUCAAGUUUUGGAAAGGAAGAAUUGAAUAAGAGACGCAAAAGAAAGGCGAAGGUUUUUAUAGCUUCUUUGAAUGAUUUGCCUAAUGAUGAACGAAGUUCCAUGGAAAAUGAUGUUUUAAUACAGAAAGAUGAGGUAGACGAAAUUCUAGGCGGUUUUGAUAUGAAGAAUGUAAAGAAGAAUGUGGGCCAAUUGGUAAGAAGUAUGGAUAAAAUUAAGAAGCAAAACGAUGAGCAGAUCAAGAAAAGCGAGCGUUCAAUUAUUGAAGUGGAUGAUAAAUCUAGAGAUGAUCAGUCAAAGGAUGAUGUAGAAUCAAAGAUACGAAAGAUGAAGGAAAGUGUUGAUGUGGUAAGUAAAGCGAACAUGUAUGAUAAUACUCGAAGAAGUAAGGAGGUGAAAUUAAAGUAUGAGGAAGAACGGCCUGAUUUCCAUCCUAAGGUUCUGGGGAUAGCAGGACUUAAAUCAAGAACAUCAAAAUAUAUAUCUUUGUUGGAAAGCAUUUUAGCUGGUCAGAGGCAAUCAUAUUUUUACGAUAUUGCUCGUGGAAUAAGUCUAAGGUCUCGUCAUCCAUUCAUUACAGACCUGGAACUUAUCAACAUCUCUAAAAGCAGAUUUCACGGAUAUUAUGGUGCAAUCCGUGCACAUGUGAUAUCUUCAUAUAUAAUAGAUCAGCUUGGGCCGUUGCUAAAAGAGAAAGUUCAAAGGAAUAAAGUCAUGAAAUUUUGGAGAACAGAUUAUUUUGCAUUGUAUGUACUAGCAUCAGAAAUAAUAGCGCGAUUUGUUGAAGACGAUAUGCAGUUUGAUACGCUUGAUGAAGCGUAUGUGGAGAUGGAGAAUACGAACGAUUAUGGUUUAUAUGUUAUGGAUAAAAUUCCGCUUGAGGAUUAA